AUGGCAGGCGCGGAAGGUGACGACAAUGCCGAAACAUUUUCGGACUCAAAUCCUACACCAGAGGAUGCAGGAAAUUUACAAAUUUUACUCUUAAAAAGAGACCGCAUUCACGACGAAAUAUCGCGUUUCAAGUUGUGGUUUGAAACAAACAAUUACAGUACAUCCGCUUCUCGACUGAGAGUAAGAUUGCGCGAUUUUGUACGUAUUAAGGCUCAGUUUGACAAAAUCCAUUCUCAGAUUGAAGCUCUUGAUGACGCUACCCUCGAUUUAGAACACUCUAGAACAAAACUUUAUUUCGAAAACGCGUAUUACGAUUUAUGUGCAGAUGUCGAAGAUGCUAUUGAACAAAAACGCGUUAACACAUCUUCACCUGCACCGCAAGGUAACGCACCUACGAGCACACCGUCACCAUCGGUGCAGUUGCUCCCGAUUGUUAUUAAACCGUUUAGCGGAAUUUAUACUGAAUGGCUACCUUUUUAUAAUACAUUUAAAACGUUGGUUCAUGACGACACACGUCUGACCAAAAUUCAGAAAUUCCAUCAUUUAAAAAAUUCUUUGUGUGGCGACGCAGUAAACGCCAUAAAUCCGUUAACAAUUUCUGAGGCAAAUUAUGAUGUAGCGUGGAAAUUGCUCAAGGACAGAUUUGAAAACAAACGGUUAAUCGUCCAGCACCACGUGACCAAUUUGUUUAAUCUACCUCAAGUAAUUAAAGAUUCUGCUAGUUCAAUGCGACAGUUAUUAGACACUUUUAACACAAAUCUUGAAGCGUUGAAAUCUUUUGAUGUCGAAAUAAAUCCAUCAGACGUCUUACUCAUUUAUUUAUUAACAUCGAAAUUAGAUUUUAUCAGCCGUAGGGGUUGGGAAGAAUCGUUGACUACGAACGAAUUACCAACUAAAAAACAAUUAAUUGAUUACUUGACACAACGGUGUCAUUUGAUGGAAUCGAUGGAGUUAAAUAAAUCGCAAUUUAAAACUAAUAAUACUUAUAAUAAUAAUCAAAAAACAGAACCGAAAUCAUUUUCAAAGCCCCCACAAAAGGUGUCUACAUUUACAGCGGCAGUAAAUCGCAAUAGCACACAAUCCACUUGUAAUUUUUGUAAAAAAUCUCAUUUAAUUUACAACUGUGUUACCUUUUUAAAACUCAGUGUUUCGGAAAGAAGGUCUCGGGUAGAUAGGUUGAAAUUAUGUCAAAAUUGUCUCAAACCAUCGCAUACGUCCGAUAGCUGUAAAUCUAUGGCAUGUAAAUUAUGCCAAUUGAAACAUAAUACACUUUUACAUAGUGACCAACCCUCCCAUUCAAACGAUGAUAAGUCGCUCACAGCUCCUGAAACACAACAUGAGAACUAUUUUAUUAACAAUGCCACUCAAUUAUCCAACGGACGAUUUCAAGUCAGAUUAACAUUUAGCAAGUGUUUCCCAAUCUUGAGGGAUUCGAAAGAAAUCGCGCUUCAACGAUUGUACUCAUCGGAACUUAAGUUCGCAAAAAAUAUUAUGUUAGAAAUCAACUAUCAUAAUUUUAUAAAAGAAGACAUUAAUUUAGAUCAUAUGCUUUUACUAGGUUCAUUUACAGAGCAAAAAAUCGAAAGUAAACCCCAUCAUUUUUUGCCUCAUCAUGCGGUUUCCAAAACUGACGGGGUCACUGAAAAGAUUUGCGUAGUGUUUGAUGGGUCAGUCAAACCAUCAGUCGGAAAAAGCAUAAAUGCUUGUCUGAGUACAGGGCCAAAAAUACAAAACGACAUUUCCGAUGCAAUAAUUCGAUCUAGGACGCAUGAGGUUGCUUUUACAGCGGACAUUUGUAAUAUGUAUCAUCAAAUUUUAUUUCAACCCGAAGACAGACGAUACGAAAAAACUUUGUGGUGGGAUGAUCCCGUGCUUUACCAAGCACGUGUCACUUUAGCCAAACGGGCUUCAAAUACAAAUUUGCUGAAUGAUUUGACAACUAACCACAUCAAUUUUCAUUUCAUUCCGCCUUCCGCGCCACAUAUGGGGACUAUCGGGGAAGCAAUGGUCAAAUCUGCGAAAAGUCAGUUGAAGCGCGUUACUGGUAUAUUUUUAUUUAAUUUGCAAGAAAUGCAGACGUUGCAAAUACAAGUCGAAACGUGUUUGAAUUCGUACCCGUUAACCGCCAUGUCCAAAGAUCCAAAUGACCUGAUUCCUUUAAUUCCCGGUCACUUCCUCGUUGGAACCCCUCUAACUGUUAUUCCAGAGGAUAACGUCACCACGGUCUCAACGAACCGGCUCUCCAGGUGGCAACAAUUCAGCCGCACUCAGCAGCAAUUUUGGAAACGGUGGACAGCAGAACAUAUGGGUCAACUUCAUCAUCGCCCAAAAUGGACCAAGGCCAGCCGCAACAGCAUAAGGUGGACGAUUUGGUGGUCGUUAAGGAAGACCACACACUCCCGCUUAUAUGGACCACUGGGACGCGUUAUUACUGUUCAUCCCGGUCUACAUGGCCCCAUUCGCGUAGUGACAGUGAGAACCGCGCAUGAUGUGAUUAACCUGCAAGUGACUAAGCUGUGUGUGCUUCCGACAUAA